AUGCAAGGAAAUGACCAAAAGUACCGGCAAUGCCAGCGUGAAUUGAGCGACGAGAAAGAAAAGACCAAGUCUCUUGAAAGGUUUCUGGAAGAGAAGUACAUGGAAUAUGAAGACCUUGCCAGCGAUUUGCACGAUGAUUCGAUGAGCGCAAGAUUGGCUCGAGCAUUGAUUGAACUCUACCAAACGAAGAGAAAACUGAUGGAUAAAACGAUACAGAGAAAUAGUCUCACCAAGAGUGCAGUGGGAUGUUUAACGACCGUCUUGCAACACAAUGAAGUCCUGGAGCAGAAAAUAUACACACUGCAACAACAUCCCGAUCGCGAUCCUGAGCUUCCUAUCACAGAUCUUCUUAAAGCUCAAUCGGAUAUCAAAUCUGCGGAGAAGAAGGCGAAAAAGUCAAAAGAGAGAUUGGAUGAAUAUAUUGGGUUAUCUUUUAACAAAUCAAAUACGCACCCUAGAGUUGAAGCUUUGAGAUUAAAUAGACAAAGAUCCCCUCUCGAUCCGAACGCUACUGACCCGGAAGUCAUUGCGCAUUUGAAGGUUCAGCUUAAAGAUACGGAUGAUUUGGUGGAGCUUAUAUGUCAGAGAUAUGACGUUGCAGAGGGCGAAGCGGAAGAUGAAAAGGAAGGAUUGGAGGCAGAUAAGAUGGAGGCAGCAGAGAGGGCGGAGAAGGCAGAGAUAGCGACGAGGAGAUUGGAGGAUUGUAUGGAUUUGGUAAAUGGACCUUUGAGUCAAAAAGAGGCGUGGGAUAAUCUGAAGAGAUUGUUGAGAGAGGCAAGGGAGGACUUGAAAACUAAAAUGAAUGAGUGGAAAGAGAAGGAUGGAGAACGUGAUUGGGCAGUUGAGAGUUUGGAGAAAAUGUUAAAGGAGAGUGAAGAAAGGGAAGCGGCACUCGCUAAGCUUCUACAUUCGACACAAGAGGACAUGAAGAGUGAAGGUACAAAGGACGCGAAGAUUGCAGAAUUGGAAGAACAGUUGAGGAGGAAUGAAGAAAGAAUACGAGACUUGCUCCGGGAGAAAGACGAGAAUAAAGCCAAAGCUGAUGGACUAGAAAGUUUCCUUCGAGCUAGCGAGACGCAAACAACACAACUUGAAGAACGACUUAGGAAGGCCGAAGAGAGAACUCGAGAUUUGCAACUGGAGAAAGAUACCCAGCAAUCUGAGGCUGAAAGACUGGAGGAUCUUCUCAAAGCUCGUGAAACACAAACGGCUGAAUUUUUCAAGACAUUAAGAGAUGAAGAGGAGGAACAAUACCGAGUGGAAAUAGAGAGGUUACAUGAACUUCUCCUAUUAAGAGAAAAUGAAGACGAACAAUUCCGCGAAGAAAUCGAGAGACUUCACAAACUACAUAAAACUAGCGAGGGAAAGAUCACGAGAUGGAAAGUCGUUGCUGGAGAAAGCAUUGGGGAGAUUGAAAAUUUACAGAAAAAGUUGGAAGAUGCAGAGGCAAAAGUUGAAUUGCACAGUAUAACGCAGAAUCAAAAUGCGGAAACGCAAACUGACACACCUACAUCCACAAGCAUGGAAACACAAACGGAGGAUAUUGAACUUCGACAAUCCGCAGUUCCACCUUCUACAGUUGAACCCAAGCCAAAGAAAUUCAAAGGGAAAUCUCCAAAACAGAAGCCCAUCACAAAGAUCCCGCGAGAUCCACGCUAUCAUCCUCAACAUCCCGAUUCUGAAUCCUCAGAUGAAGAAUCAGAGUCCCAUGAGCCAUUCAAACCGCAGCCCAAACACAACGUUGCACUUCGUCAAGAAAUGGAUUCAAGCCAUCCAGCUCCAUCACCCUCUCCCGCUCCUUCAAUAACCAUUAGACUUACAUCCAAAGCCCAUGCGAAAAAGAAAGCUCACGGAAAAGAUAGUGUAGAAUAUGAUUCACCGUACAAAUUCGAGACCGCGGUAGAAAGCGAAGAUGAAGAGAUACCGGAUGUGGAGAUAGCGCAGGAGAGUCCGAUUCAAGAAAUGCAGAAGGUGGGAGAGGCGGUGAAAUCGAGGGGGAGUAGGAAUACGAGAAAUCCGGAUCCGGUGUAUACCGGGCAAUUGCUGGUGAGGGGACUUGGGAGGGGAGAGAAGGAGAAGAUGGGUGGAAAUAGGGCUGCUAGGGGCCAGAAGAGGAAAAUGAGUGAGAGUGGGAUUGAGACUGGGAAAGUAAAGAAGGGGAAAAGGCAGAACAGAAGUGUGUGA